CAUGCAGAGGGUGAGGGUGAGAAGGAAAGAAAAUCAAUGAGAUGGCGCCAAAUCUGCGACGAGAUUUAGGGGUGAUGCCAUGCCUCGACAGAGGACUUGGAGCAGAGAAGCGGCCGGCCAAGACAGACAGAGAGAGAGUAGCAGCAGCCGGCUUCUCACUCCCUGGAGCAUGUUAACCCACUAAUUCCGCCUCUCUCUCUCUCUCUCUCUCUCUGGACUGCGCGUCUUUAAAGCUUCCUCGUACUGUCAUCUUUGGCCAGCUUAAUCGGGCAGCUAGCUCCCUCCAGUGUCCACACCACCCCGACCUCACUCUAAAAUGGCCAGGCCACGCAAGAACGCCACAACCAACGACGACUCCAACACCGCCGGCCCUGGCGCCGCGCUUGCGAAGCCGAAGCGGGCGCGGAAGAGCGCGCCGCGGGGGUGCCCCUCCCAGCGCAGCUCCGCGUACCGCGGCGUCACACGGCACCGGUGGACGGGGCGGUUCGAGGCGCACCUGUGGGACAAGGACGCCCGGAACGAGUCGCGGGCCAAGAAGGGCAAGCAAGUUUAUCUCGGGGCGUACGACGACGAGGAAGCGGCGGCGCGUGCGCACGACCUGGCAGCGCUCAAGUACUGGGGCCCCGGCACCGUCCUCAACUUCCCGCUGUGCAGUAGCUACGAGGAAGAGCUGAAGGAAAUGGAAGGGCAGUCCAAGGAGGAGUACAUUGGAUCGCUACGGAGGAGAAGCAGUGGGUUCUCAAGAGGGGUAUCCAAGUACAGAGGCGUUGCAAGGCAUCAUAACAACGGGAGAUGGGAGGCUCGGAUUGGGCGCGUGUUCGGAAACAAGUAUCUCUACCUGGGUACUUAUGCAACGCAAGAGGAGGCAGCGGUGGCGUACGACAUAGCCGCAAUCAAGCACCGCGGCCUCAACGCUGUUACAAACUUCGACAUCAGCCACUACGUGAACUGGCACCAGCACCGCCGCCGCCUGGGCGAGGCCACCGAGAUGAUCUCUGUCCAACCACCAAACGACCGGACAGAGCACCCUGCCACUAUCGGUCUCGACGAAGCUGUGGCCGCCGCCGCCGCCUUCCACGACGGCGAGCACCGGCAGCAGCAGCACGACGCCAAUACCUUCGGCGCGCGGCUUCCUGGUCAAGUGAGACCAGCGGCUCAUCACGAGGCGUCCGCGUCAGCGCUCAGCCUGCUGCUGCAGUCGCCCAAGUUCAAGGAGGUGAUGGAGCAGGUUUCGGUGGCGGCAUCCGAGAGCUGCACUAGCUCACCGUCGUCGUCGCCUCCACCCCCGCAGCCGUCAUCGCAGCGGCAGCGGCAUGAAUUCAGCGGUGAUGCGUCAGUGAGGUGCAGCUUAUUCCCGGACGACGUGCAGACGUACUUCGAGUGCGAGGAUGGCAUGGGCGUCGCCUUCGCCGAGGUUGACACGUUCCUCUUCGGGGACUUGGGCGCGUACGCGGCGCCCAUGUUCCAGAGCGACCUGGACGUUUGAUCGCCGGCGCCUCGGUGAUAUGUUUGGGUUCAUUGGAUGCUUCAAGCAGCUUUCAAAGGAAACGGCUCACAAGGUUAAGUAGCAGAGUUGAGGAAUAGUCGUUUAUUACUUUUUCCCUUUUUGUUUCAGCUACCUAGAAUGGUAGCCCUUUUUAUCUCAAAAAGAUAGCUAGACUUGUGAAAUAUUGGGCCUUUUCUAGAUCACAAGGAGAGGCGCCCACGAGUACAAACACUCACACGCUCACACCUGCGCGAGAGUGCAUGUACCCCGUAUCACACGCCUGAAGUUCACAUGGACCACUGGAUCAACCAUUGAGAAGCUAACGGGCGUAAAAAAAUUUGGGUACUGCGAUUUGAAUCUAGGUGCUUGCCAUCUUACUGCCAUGAUCCACCACUCUGCCGAGAGUCAUAAAGAUUUUUUUUUUUUGUUUUCCAGAAAAGCAAAUGAAUCCUAGUCACAAAUGUGCAAAUCGGCAUGUAGAUGACGACGACCAGCUUCUUUUUUAGACCAGGGCUGAUUGCCUGAUUCAUGCUUUUUUCUAGACAUGUUGGCCAUUCUAAUAGAUCGGGGUAAAGAGGAUGGGCAGGUAACGGGCGCUG